ACCAGACCCGACUCGCCGCUGUCUCUUCUUGGCUUCAAUAAAGGAGACUUGUUUCGUUUCGUCUGAUAACGGAAACUGAGUGCAGGGAGAAAGAGAAAGAAGCCGAGUACUUCCGUGUUUCGCCUACCAGUGAAGAAUAUCACUGACAGAAACGGCCUGUCUUGUUGUCGACUGACCAUGACACUGUGAGCAGUGGCGAUUACAAAAAAAUAUAUGGACCGAUUUCAUUGUAACCUGGAUUAAUAAAUGAGACAAUGCUGCAGGGGUCUAAGAAAAAAGACAGACGUAUUCUAUCGGGUACGUGUCCGGAUCCUAAAUGCCAGGCUCGGCUGUUUUUCCCAGCCUAUGGAGUCAGUAUAGAAUGCACCGAAUGCGGCCAACGGCAUGAACAAAGAAAUCUGCUCAAGGUAGAGGAAGUCACCGACCCUGACGUGGUGCUGCAUAACCUGCUAAGGAAUGCUCUGCUGGGAGUCACGGCCCCCAAAAAGGGCACGGAAAUGGUGAAAGUAAUGGGGUUGUCCAACUACCAUUGUAAGCUGCUGUCUCCUAUCCUCACCCGGUAUGGCAUGGAUAAGCAAACUGGGAAGGCCAAGCUCCUCGGAGAGAUGAACCAAGGGGAAAUGUUUGAUUGUGCCUUGUUGGGUGACAGGGCUUUCCUUAUUGAUCCAGAGCACAUUGGAACUAUGGGCUAUGGUAAAGAUCGCUCAGGGAGUUUGUUAUACCUCCAUGAUACCCUAGAAGAAAUCAAGAAGGCCAAUAGUAAUCAAGAAUGUUUAAUUCCUGUUCAUGUUGAUGGUGAUGGCCAUUGUUUAGUUCACGCUGUGUCUAGGGCCUUGGUGGGUAGAGAGCUUUUUUGGCAUGCCCUGCGUGAAAAUCUCAAACAGCACUUUAAGUUAAACCUGGAUCGUUACAAAGCAUUGUUCCAUGACUUCAUUGAUGCAGCAGAAUGGGAGGAUAUAAUUAACGAAUGUGAUCCUUUGUUUAUACCACCUGAAGGAGUUCCUUUGGGUCUACGUAACAUCCAUAUAUUUGGUUUAGCAAAUGUAUUACACCGCCCAAUUAUUUUAUUAGAUUCCCUGAGUGGAAUGAGAAGUUGUGGAGAUUAUUCGGCUACUUUUCUUCCAGGAUUAGUUCCUGAAGAAAAAUGUCAGGGAAAGGAUGGACAGCUUAAUAAACCUAUUUGUAUUGCAUGGAGCAGUUUAGGACGCAACCAUUAUAUACCUUUGGUUGGAAUUAAAAGGGGUCCUUUACCUAUGCUUCCUUUGAAACUAUUGCCUAAAGCCUGGGGUGUUCCACAAGAGCUUAUUCGAAAGUACAUUCUGUUUGAAGAUGACAGUUGUACAUUAGGAGGCGACCGAAGUUUGCAAGAUAAGUACUUGCAGAGAUUAGUUGCUGCAAUGGAAGAAAUUUUCUUGAAAAAGCAUGACAUCCACCCUUCACUGGUAGCAGAUGUUCAUCAGUAUAUAUACAGAAGGACAGGGGUAAUUGGAAUACAACCUGAAGAUGUAACUGAAGCUGCAAAGAAAGCUGUAACUGAAAAUCGUUUGCAGAAAUGUUUGAUUUGCGGUGCUCUUUCAGAACUUCACGUGCCUACAGAAUGGUUGGUUCCAGGCGGAAAGCUAUACAAUUUAGCUGCAAGCACGCAUGGUCAACUGAAGCCAGACAAAAAUUACAGCUUUCCUGUUAACCAUCUUGUAUGUUCCUAUGACCCAAAAGAUGAUGUACUGGUCCCAGAUUAUAAUUUGAGUCACUUAACAUCUUGCAACUGGUGUCAUGGUACAUCGAUGCGCCAUGUUAAAGGUGAUGGUUCGGUUGUGUAUAUAGAUGGAGAUCGAACUAACUCUAGAUCUGCUGGAGGCAAAUGUGGUUGUGGUUACAAGCAUUACUGGGAAGAAAAGGAAUACGAUAACUUACCUGAAGCAUUUCCAAUAACUUUGGAAUGGAGUGGAAGGGUGGUGCGAGAAACUGUGUAUUGGUUUCAGUAUGAAAGUGAAGUGGCUCUAAACAGCAAUGUUUAUGAUGUUGCUAUGAAGCUUGUCACCAAACAUUUUCCAGGUGAAUUUGGAAGUGAAAUUUUGAUUCAGAAAGUUGUUAGCAGAAUAUUGCAUCAUACAGCCAAAAAGAAUCCCGAUGAAUAUACACCUGUCUCAGUCGAAGGUGCACAUAGUCAGAGAGUUGGAGACAUGCAAGAUGAACCAACCUCAGAACCACAUAUGCCUACCAAAAUUAUUUUAAUGGGUCAGAAAUCAAAGACUCUGCACAAAGAAGAAUUGAACAUGAGUAAAACUGAACGAAGUAUUCAGCAGAAUAUUAUUGACCAUGCAGCACUUUCGCAAAAGCGGAAAACCGACAAAUUACGCCAGGAACUGAAAGGACCAGGCCAGCCAUCUGUUCCUGGAAUUGUGAAAGAUGGUUCAUCAUCUGCCCCAGUUACUCCCACUAAGUCCCCUUUCUCCCCACUACCUACAAAGGAGAAAAAAAUUAGAGUAACCACUAGUGAUGGGAGACAGGCAACACUAACUCUUCAAGUAUCAGUAACUUUUUCUGAAUUUCAAGAAAGUAUAGCAAAAGAAUUUAAGCUUCCUCCACAUUUGCAAUGCAUACGGUAUGGCUUUCCUCCAAAGGAACUGCAUCCUCCCAAGGUGGGAUUUGAGAAAGAGGCUUUGCCCCUACAACAUGGUGAUCGUGUAUCUGUGGAGAUCAUAAAGGACAACAAGGAAUCUGUGCCUGCUUGUUCAACAUCAGUGGCUCGUUCCUGGAAAGCUGAAGAAGAUGAAGCAUCUGGUCAAGCAUCUGUUAAGGAUGUGCAAGACCAUAUUGAUCUUGAAAUGUCAUCCCUCUGUCUUCUUGCAACUUUAAUGGGGGAGGAUGUUUGGUCGUAUGCAAAAAAGCUACCAUACUUAUUUGAAGAAGGUGGAGUGUUCUAUAAUGCAAUGAAGAAAGAUGUGGGUUUGGCAAAUGGCAAGCACUUCACACUUCCACACCUUCCUGGUAAAACAUUUGUGUAUAAUGGGACAGACAAUAGACUGGAGCUGUGCAUUGAUCCAGCAGGACAUAUCCCUAUUGGUCCGGACAUUGACAAUAUGAUCAAAGAGGCAUUAAGUCAGUUACGGUCUGAGGGAGGACCAAGAAGUAGAGAGGGAAGUCCUUCCUCGCAUGGAGGGAUGAAACUUGGAAGUGGAGGAGUAGUGCGAAAAAAGUCUGAACAAAUGCCAAAUGUCACAGCUUUCCAAGGAAAAGGCCAUUCCCUAGGGACUGCUUCAAGUAGCCCACAGUUGGAGCAGAGGCAUAGCAGGGAAAUGCAGAUGCAUAGAAAACAAAGUACAGGCACUUCCUCAGCAACAGACCUUAAUUGUGCUAUUGGAAAGUCAAGUCCUAAGCAAGAGGCUUCCCCACCAAAAUCCAGUGGUGGAGAUAGUCAGCUAAUACGAAUGGCGCCUGGUUUUGUAACAAUGCGUGAUGGUAGGCAACUUGAUCCCAAUUUAGUUGAAGCACAACGUAAGAAGUUACAGGAGAUGGUAUCUUCUAUUCAAGCUUCCAUGGAUAAACACUUGAGGGAUCAGAGUGCAGAAGAAUCAAUUCCUAGUGAUAUUCAUGAAACAAAGAUGCAGUACACAACUUCCUCUGUCCCAUUAGUAACAAGAACUGAAGGUCCUCAAACGGAUGCCCCGCAGCAAGAACCAGGCACUCCACAAGUAGGUGACAAUGAAAAUUUAGGUAUGGAAACAACAACUGGUGUGGAACUGUUAUCCUAUUCAUCUAUACCAUCAUGCAAGGUACAAGAUUCAACUCUUUUGAAUGAAGACCUUGAAGAAAUGGAUAGUCAGGAAAUAGAAGGAACCGUUGAACCCAUGGAUCAUUCUUGAUUUCAUAUCGAAAUGGAUAUUAUAAAGCGUGUAAGCAGAGCUGGCUUUGUACAAGAGUCGUGACAUGGCAAAAGGAACUCAUCGUGUUCAAAAGACAGAAUCAGAUUUUAUUUUCCUUAUCCAUUGCAUCGUACCAAGAUUAUUCUUGGUAACCCACACAACGUCUGCCUUACUACUGUCCCUACUAAUCCACAAAUUAAUGUUAGCUUGUGCUUGGAUUCAGUUAUUGAUGCAGCUCUCAGUAAGACCUCUUUUAAUAAGAGGUGAGUCUUGUAAGAAUAUAUUUCCCUGAUACACUCAAAAUUAAUUUUAAACAAUAUAAAUUGAUGAUGAUGUUUGUGCUUGAAAUGAAAUAUUGAAAUGUGAAGUUUUGAAGGCCAUAUGUGAUGUCAAUUCAUUAAUGCAAAAUAAAUAUAAUCACUCUUUAGAAAGAUGCAGACAGAUUAUUCACUUUCUAGGCCUCAAGGGCUGGGACUGGGACUAAAACCUAGUACAGGAUAUACUAAAAGUUGUGUUUUACUUUUUGUUUAGCACUUUGCAGAAACAAUCUCAAAAGCAACUAUUAAGAUUAAUUAUUUAAGUUGUUGCAAAAUAGAAGUAUCACAGAAACUGUUUGGAAAUUAACAUAGAGCAAUUCAAUAAAUGAUGACAAGAUGACCUACAGUUUAAAAUAUUUGAACCCUGUAUUUAGUUUAUCUUGGUAUGCAAAUUGACCGAGUCCCUGGGUGCAGAUGGAAUACUCAUUGCUGUGAAAUUGACUGGUAAAUCUCUGCUUGGGCAAGGGUUCAGUUUUAGAAUUUUGAGAAUUCUGCACUGAUGUAGACCUUCAGUUUUUGUUCUAGAUAGUGGCAUUGGGGUAAACUUGUUGAAGUAAAGUUGAAUCUUGGAGAAAAUAUUAAGCUCCACCGAAAGACGGUGUAAUUUUCAAGACUUGUUACAUUUUUUUGAUUCCCUGCCCAAAUCAUUUUGUUAUACUACAUAGUUGGUGUAGUUCUCCAAAAUUGAACUUUAAAACCAAGCAAAGGGGAAAACAAUCCAAUUUUUUUUAUUUUUUUUAAAUACACAAGGUCUGAAAUGUUGGUUGUUUUUAUUUUCCAUUGCAGAUGUCAGCCAGAAAUGUUUCCACAUCGUGUGUCAGACUGGAGAUCACACUUUGUUGUAAAGGACAAUAAGUACAACCAGCUGGCAUUCCACCCUCACAACUGACAGGAAUGGGAAAUUAGAAUGCAUUAGAAUAAAACUAUAGAAUUUUAAGGUGCCAGAUUCAUUGACCAUUUAUUUUCCAGUUGCUUAAUUCAUUUAUUAAUAAGAUUUAUCUCACUUCAUUCAUUUUGCUCUAAAGAUAUCACCACAAAUAUUUAGUCGUUACAAAUUAAGAAAAAAUCAGCACCUUUAUUAAAAAAAUAAAAAAAAUAAAAAAAAAGAUUUCCAUUAUUCUCACUCAAAAUAGCUAAAUAUCAAACGUUGGACAUCAUAAUCCACAAUACGAUACAAAUUCUGAGAAAGCAAAUGUUUUUCCAUUUCAAUGUGCCAUGCUGUGGUGUAUAAGAUUACCAACAAAAUGGUAGUAUUAAUUACAGUUAAAUAGAGUAGUUAUUAACAGGUGAUUUUUGCAGUGGCUGUGUGUGUUAAAUAGUUUAAACAGGACCACAUCGUGAUUGGAAAUGAGAGAGUUACCAAAUAUUUUCUGAUUUUUGAAAUAUAAAUGCUAAUAUUGCCACUCUGUAUAUAGGGAGAUAUUACAUAUGCGUGAAAUCAAAAUACACAAACCAUAAUAUGUUUGAAAGAAAAUGUCUGCUUUAAAUUUAAAAAAAUGGAAUUCACAAACCCAUAAUAAUUCAAUGUUAAAAAGACUUUUUGAGAGUAAACUGAUGAUUUUUGCUUUAUGGAACAUAAGUUGUGAAUUUCUACUUUCAUUUAAACUGUGCUUUGAAUAGCCAGUAUCAUAGUCAAUUAAUCUUGAUAUUAACUUAACUUUUUUUAAUGGGUUUCCUUUAAUUUAUCAUAAUUGUAAUGGCAAUUGAAUCAUUUUUAAGGAUGCUUGAAGACUUUGUGUUCUUUAGACAAUUCAUGAACAUUUGCAUCCUUAGAAUACAAAAAAAUGAAUGUGCUUUCUUGCAAACAAUUGAUUAAAAUUCAAAGUUCACAGGAAUGCUUUUUUUCGUGGCUGUUUCUCAAAAUGAGCAGUAUGCUGACAAUUUGGGCUUUAAGCUAUCUUAAUGAUUCAUUUGCUUUUGAAUUUGUUUUUAGAUCAUUUGUGAGAAUUGCAAGACAACUUUGUUAUGUAUUUACAUUAAAAUUCAUUGCCAUCUUUCCUUGGGAUUUUCAACUUUAUCGUUUUAAAAGUAAUCGAAGAACGGAUGAAGAAUAUUGUUGGGUGGGGCAUUCUGUAGAGUCAAAUAACCAAAAGACUAAAUUUAAGAAUUUAGAUAAUCUGUGCAAAGCAAGCCUGAAGUUAAAUAUCCCACAAAAGCUGGACUUUUUUUGUUUGCAGUGUCUGCCAUCCAGUUAUUAGAACAUGCUAAGGUAAUCCUGAGUAUGUUUGGAUACUAUACUGUAUAUAUGGUUUAUUUUUAAUGGAGAAAAUAUCCUGUUUAAAUGAAAAUGAAUUGGUUGAUCAUAAAUGUUUCAGAACAUUUCUUAUAACAGGAUGACACUGGCAAAUGUUCAGCAAAUUUGGUUUGUUUAUAUUUGUGAUUGCUGUACUAAAUAUCUGCAAUGAAUUGCUCUAUAAUGUAACAUCUGUAUGAUAGUAUAUAUUGUACAGUACUAUAAGUGACUUGUACAGUACUUGGAGUUCUUUUCCUGAAUGCUAAAAAUAAGUAUAUUCUAUAAGUAUCAGCUUGCCAUUAGCAUGAGUUAUGAGCAUAUAUUGAAGGUGCAAUAAAUUAAUAUGUUUCCCGUG